AGAGGCUGAGCCAAUGGUCUUCGGAGAAGGAUUGGUUCUGCUCAACAGCUUGUUAUUUCGUUUACUGCUUGCAGUUCCGUGCAAGUGGGGAGUUAUAGGAGCCGAGUGUUUGUAGUGAAGACAAAUCUUCGAGCUGGAAUCCCUCAAAUAACCUUCGACGAUGAAGGCAGCGGAUGAGCCUGCCUAUCUAACAGUGGGGACCGACGUCAGUGCUAAAUACCGGGGUGCCUUCUGCGAGGCGAAGAUUAAAACCGUCAAACGGUUGGUGAAAGUCAAGGUGACUCUGAAACAAGACAACUCUAGGCAACUGGUUCAGGAUGACCAAGUUAAAGGGCCAUUGAGGGUUGGCGCUACAGUUGAAAUGAAAGCACCUGACGGAUCCGUCCAGGAAGCCGUUAUAAGUAAGCUGACAGAUGCUAGCUGGUAUACUGUGGUUUUUGAUGAUGGUGAUGAAAGGACUUUGAGACGGACAUCGUUGUGUUUGAAGGGAGAAAGGCACUUUGCGGAGAGUGAGACUUUGGACCAACUUCCAUUAACCAAUCCCGAGCAUUUUGGCACGCCUGUCAUUGGAAAAAAAACCAACAGGGGAAGAAGGUCGUCUCUUCCAAUGACAGAAGAUGAGAAAGAAGAAAGCAGCAGCGAAGAGGAGGAUAAUGAUAUGAAACGUUUUGGGGAUGAAUUAUUGGGAAAAGUCGUGAGUGUGAACUGCAGCACAACAAAGGAAUGCUAUACUGCGGUGGUUGUUUGUCCUAGCUGCAAUGAGGAUACAUCAAUGAAAAAUAACCAAUGCUUGGUUCGAUCCUUUGUGGAUGCAAAAUUCCAUUCGGUAGCAAGGAAAGAUAUCGAAGAGCUUGACAUGAAUGCACUGAAAUCGGAGAGCCCUGAAAAGCCAGGUAUAGAGGAAGCCAUGGCUUUUUUCAAGUCCCGGACAGUACCCAGCAGUUGGAAGAUGGACAUAAGUGAAAUAUUGGAGUCUUCCAGCAGUGAUGAAGAGGAUGGGGAUGCAGAGGCUAGCGAUGGCGAGCGGCACAAAGAGGAAGAGGAAGAAGCUGCGCCAGAGGAAGAAGCAGACCCAAUUGAAAGGGACAACUUCCUGCAGCAGCUUUACAAGUUUAUGGAAGACAGAGGAACCCCAAUCAACAAGCCGCCAGUAUUGGGUUACAAGGAUUUAAACCUCUUCAAGCUUUUUCGACUUGUGUAUCAGCAGGGGGGUUGUGACAAAAUUGAAAGCGGCCCUGUAUGGAAGCAGAUUUAUAUGGACCUUGGCAUUCCUAUUUUGAAUUCGGCAGCGUCUUACAAUGUAAAAACAGCAUACAAAAAGUAUUUGUAUCGGUUUGAGGAAUAUUGCCGUUCCUUAGAAAUUCAGUUCAGGACUAUUCACCAUAAUGACCCUAGACCUAUAGAGGAAAGCCCGGCACAGGAAGAACCAAUGGAGAAUAGUGACAAGAAAGAAGAUGCAGACCCCCCAGUCAACGCAAAGAUUAAAGAUGAUGAUGACGAUGAUGACACCGAUUCUACCAGUGAGAAUGAGAAGGAUGAGACUGAAGUCAGAUCGCCAAGGGGGAGGCGAAGGCCUGCCUGUAAUGCAGUUUCAGUCACAAAAGAUCCAGAAGAUUGUGACCAAAGAAAGGACAACGACAAGGAAAAUAAAGAUUUGGAAGAGGAGCUGGAUAAAAGCGAUGAGAAGAAGGAAAAUGAUGCUACUCCAGGAAGGAGAAGCCUAUCCUGCAAAUCAAAAGACAGGAGAAGCCAGAAACAAGAGGACUCUGAUCAGGAGUCUGAUGAGGAGGAUGACGAGCUCUGUGAUGGAGGAGACGAUUCAGACCAUAAAGGAGACAGCGAAGGAGACGACGACUCGGAGGAUAGAGACUAUCUCGCAGGCACCAAAGUGAAAGUCAAAUAUGGACGUGGGAAAACCCAGAAAAUCUAUGAAGCCAAUAUCAAGAGCACCGAGGUAGACGGAGGAGAGUUGCUGUACCUGGUACACUAUUAUGGCUGGAAUGUAAGAUAUGAUGAAUGGGUAAAAGCCGACCGAAUCAUCUGGCCUACGGAGAAAGUUUUAACAAAAAGAAAGCAAAAGAAAAAAACAAAAAAUAAAGAUGAAAAUGAGGAAAAGAAGGACGAUGAGAAAAACAAAAUAAAGCGAGGACGCCCUCCCUUAAAAUCAACCCUGCAGACUAAUGUGUCUUGUGCCAUGCCCAAGACACCCAAUAGUGAGAAUAAAACAGCCAAUAAAAAUGUGAGGCACAGCCUGCCCGACGGUAAUUUCUUGUCAAAUGGAGUAGAAGCUCGUAGGAGGACGAGAAGGAACUCGGGAAUGUACGAUUCAGAUAGAUGCUCGAAUGAUUCAUCAACAUCAGGAAGCGAUUCGGAGGAAGCUAUUGAAAAGACACCGGUGAAGGAGGAGGUUUUACCAAAGGUCGAAAAGGAGCCUGAGCAAACUGAUAACGUGGUUGAGAAUAUUAUUGAGGAGGAAGAAGCAGAAGAAGAAGAAGUCAUCACUCCAGUUCUUUGCCCUGUGAAAGAUCAGGAAACAAGCCCUAUAAAGCCAGCAGAGACCUUACAGCAAGAGGUGGAAGAAAGUGAACAAAUUGUGCAGAGUUACGGGAAGCAAACAGAACAAAUUGUUGAGGUCAAGGAGACAGAAAAUCUGCCAAAAAAAGGCAGAAGAAGCAAAACAAAAGAGCCUUGUCCGGAGACCGUAAAAAUUGUUUCGGUGCCUGCAGAAGAAGACUGUGAGCCGGAACCCAAGGUAGAACCCAGAAUAGAACCUGAAGCCUUAGACUUUGCUCCGUUCGCCUCAUUACAAAGUAAGGAGUUGCUGUUUGUUCCAAAUGAGUUAGAACUUCCUAAUGAUCAACAGACGAAGGAGAAGAAAGCUUGUAAAAGAAAACCUGUGGAGCAGACAUCCCCAGAAAAAAAGCUGCGCACAGAGUGCGAGCCAGAGUUGCCCAUUAUUACUGUGGAGGAGAAACCAGUAGAAAGCUGCGAAGCUCUGGAACCCAUCUGCAUCAUUAAGGAAGAGCAGGUCCAGAAUACCAACGAGGAAAUGCCCUCCUUAACGGCGGAGCUGGAACACGUGCAGAGCACUAGGACUGAGGACUACGACAUGCCGCUGAAUGACAUCACAAGGAUUUCAUAUAAAGAAGAGCAAGAGGACAUCAUGCCCAUGAUUGGACCAGAAACUUUAGUUUGUCAUGAAGUGGACUUGGAUGAUUUUGAUGAAAAGGACAAGGUGGAGGAUAUGGUCAUAGUGAAGCCAGAGCCAGAAGCACAGACUGUCCUUGCCCCCACCUUGCAGCCCGCUGUCCUGCCACCUCAAACUUAUUCUGAGCCUUCACCCCUUGCCCUGAGCCACGAUGAGUCCCACAGCAUAAAGAGCGAGAGUGACAUAACCAUUGAAGUGGACAGUGUGGCGGAAGAAUCGCAGGAAGGCCUUUGUGAGAGUGAAUCAGCUAAUGGCUUUGAAGCCAGCACCACAUCCAGCAACUGCAGCAUAGCCGCCCAAGAAGCAGAGAUGCGGGACAAAGGCCAUAAACGGAUUAGUGACAGCAACAUGGGAGCACUAGCAAAGAAACAGAAGCGUACACCAAAGCGAAUCAAUACUUCAUUGAAAACUGAGAAGAAUGGGAUAGGGCAAAGCAGCGACAGUGAAGAUCUUUCUGCUAUGGACAGCGCCAGUAAAUGUUCUCCAGGUAAACAUGUAAAUGUUCCCAAGCCUCAAAAGAUCAUGAGAUCACCAGCAAGAAUCACGUCUCCGCAUACAAAAGAUAUGGAAAAGGAUAAGCAUCGAGAGAAACACCACCACCACCACUCAAGAACGUACAAGUGGACGUUACAGCUCAGUGAGUUGGAUAACAUGACUGGAGCAGAUAAGAUUGUUUUCCUGCAAGACAAGUUGCAAGAAAUCAGGAAAUACUACAUGUCUUUGAAAUCUGAAGUAGCUACAAUAGACAGGAGGCGGAAGCGGUUAAAAAAGAAAGAUCGGGAAGUGUCCAAUACAGGAGCUUCAACGUCAUCUGCGUCCUCAGAGACCGGAAUGAGUCCUUCGUCGUCUUCUCCCCCACAGAAUACACUUGCUCUAGAGUGCAGGUGAUAUGUGCCCUGCUGCCAUGGACACUUAUCCUCCCUUCCCCCUUUAAUCCCACCACACAAAAGCACUCAACCAGUUUGACAUUGCCAAGUAUUUUUAUUUUAUUUUUGUUUCGGAACUUUCCUCUGCUGGAUUGCUUUUUUAUUAUUUCCAUGUCAUGUGUCUUUUCUUUUGAAAUAAGAUUAUGAUUUAGGAAUAGGAGACUAGCAGUCAGCGUGCCACAAUGGCUUCUUAUUUUGUUCAACCUGAAGACAUGAUACUUUUUUUUUUUUUUCUUUUUUUGUUAGAGAAAUGACAAAAUGUCUGAAUAAAAUUUUCAAGGAGCUCCCAGAAAAGGGAUAUAUCCCCGCUACCCCACUCCUGCCCAGUAUAAAAAUAAAAUGAAACAAGUGCAUACAACAAACCUCAGCGAGCUACUAAAGAUCCGAUCCUGGCAGCUGCACUUUACGACAAAGCUGCACAUUAGCUCCUGAAGUUUUAUUUUUUACAGGCCGUGUUUUCGGAAGCACUUGCAAAUGUACAGAACUGCCAAAGUCCAAUGUAUUCAGCAGAGUGCCCAGUUUUAAAGCUGUAAGUAAGCGAGACAAAAUAAAUUGUGAAAGGGAAUGUAGUGGACUGAAAACUACAUGAAGAAAAAAUAGUCUUCCACUUUUUACAGGAAUUUAGAGCACAGAAUUAUGCAACUAUUUUAAAUGUCUAUUAAUGUUUACAGUGGAAUUGUGAAUAUGUUUUCAGUGGACUAUCUUACCCCUUGACAAAUCUAUUUUGUCUUUUUUUCUAUGUAAUUUCAGAGUUUUUAUUUUGUUACAAAAACAGACAAAAAAAUAAAAUAUAUGACAACAGCGAAGUUAUUUAACAAGAUUUCUAAAGCUGAAAUUUUUUUUUGUGUAAAAUAAGGUAUUAUCUUGCAACCUGUUAAAUAUAUUUAUUCAGACAUUGGAUGUUGUAUUUUUAUGUAUUUUUUAAAAUAUUAAUAAAUAAAAUUAAAAAAAAUUAAGAGAAGGAUCUAGCUUAGUUCUCUCCUCCAAUACACCUAUAGCUCUUGGCCAGGUUUACACAGAGGUUUUUUUUUUAUAUAUAUAUAUAUAUUAAAGUGCAUCUGUCAGCAGAUUUGCACCUAUGACACUGGCUGACCCGUUACA